GGUAUACUGCAGUAUUCUCAGUUCUGAUAAUCUAUGUGUCACAUAACCUUAACUGGAUAGAUUGAAGGCACGUUAAUUCGCCGCUCGACUAAAACCACCAAGAUAAAUACUGUGGUUUAACGCUUGUAGUUGUGAAGUUGUGGUAUUGAUAUUUUGGGAAUUAUACUAUACAAUUUAUUAGAAAAAUAUUACAUGAGACUUGAGACUUCUGUUCCCUGAGGAAGAGGCCAUCACAGAAUCUUUGAAUCCAAUUUUUUGCAUGGUGAUCCUUUCAUAUUGGAUCCAAAAUUCAAGCAGGAUAAUUAAAGAAGAAAAGGAAGAAAAAUACGCUUGUAGCCGAAACUACCGUCCAAACUACAAAAUUUCUGUUGCUAGAAUUGACCGGACUAACACCGACAGAUCUGUUCAAUUGCUUAUUUUAGCAGUAUACAUGAAAUUAUAUUUUUAGUCAGAGUUGGUGAAAGAGACCCUAUACUGUUCUAAAAUGGGAAAUAAGAAUGAAGAAUUGAGUGAAACAGUGACACUGCUUCUUAAAACAGAGCGAUUUGCAGUUGAUAAACAAAAAUUGAUCAGCAAGAGUCAGUAUUUUGCUGCUCUUAUGUCUGCAAACUUUUCAGAAUAUAAUCAAGUGGAGCACAUUGUCAAUUAUGAUAUUUCCCAGAUUUCGUUACAGGAUUUUAUUAAUUGGAUUCACAAUGACAAAAUUGAUACCUCUGUGAUACAUUGUGAUGUUGAAGAAUUUGAUCGCCUCUUGGUCUUGUUGGAAUUAAGUGUUUUAUUUAUAGUAGAUAAUUUAAUAGAAGAUGUAACUGACAGACUUGAAAGGCAUUAUAUGUCACCAAAAUAUGUAAUUAAUAUUUGGUUACUAUCACAAGACUUAAAUGUUAAUGUGUUACGAGAUCUUUCUUUGGCUGUUUGCUUAGAUCGUUUUGAUGAACUGCCAAUCAGUUCGAUUUAUGAACUGUCGAGGGAAAAUUUUCUGAAAUUACUUAGGAAUGUUAAUGUAAGAUCAACGGAAUCUUAUUUGUUUCAUGUUAUACAUGAGUGGAUGAACCACCAUAAUGAUUUCACAAUUCCUAUGGAUAGCUUAAAAAAUAAAGAAUUCAAAAUUCUACACGGUAUUAUAUCUUGUGAAAGUGUUCAUGUUACUAACAAUGAGCACUUUAUUCAUUGCUGGGAUGGUAACAAUUUCUUUGAACUUACCACAUUUAAAUAUCCCAAAGAUAUUACUGAUCGUAACGCUGGUAAAAAUAUAUUAACAGGAAUGCAGAUUAUUGCAAGAAGAUAUGAUUUAUAUCUUUGUGGUGGAGAAUUUGGUAUUGGUUCAGGCAGGUUUAACAAAAAUGUAUGGCGUUAUUCUUUAAUAUCUAAGAAAUGGUUUCUUGAGACAGUCAUGCCAGUUGAAAGAAGGCAUAUGGUUACUGUGUUUUUGAAAAACAAAUUAGUGCUUGUGGGCGGUAUAGGACGAUAUCGACAAAAGCUGCAAAGCAUUGAUAUCUACGAUAUUCAUACAGGUUUGUAUAUGUUCGUUAACAUUUAUUUUCCUGAUGAAAACAUAUGGGAAACAACACAGGGUUUUAUUGAAGAUUGCAAUUAUCGUACUAAAUUAUUACCAUUUAUGCCAAUAUUAACGCUCAAGACUCUACCAUGUUACAUUGAUGCUACUAAUCCAGAUAAAAUGAUUUUAAUAACUAUCACAGAGACGUGCAACAUGGAAAGAUGUGUUCAUGUAUCGACGAAGCAACGUCUCGCUGUUUCAAAUACAUGUAACAAUACAAACGAUUCAAAUUGUAAAUACUUAUUGCAUAUAAAAUGCAAUGCGUAUCUCUCUAUUUUAACACUCACUUCGUUCAUGCGUAUACUAGUAUGUAUGGAUUCGAAUACUUUUAUAAAAACAAACAUAUUACACUUGCAUAAAAUUCCUAUACGAAAUCCAAAUAAAUUCCGUUCCUUGCUUUGUUCUCAAUCACCCAGAAAAUUUUUUGAUUUACUUCAUCCAGCUCACUUACACACGACGAACCUGAAUCAUAUUUAA